UCUACUCAUCAGUCAAGCAGGACAACUGCUCACAACAAUAACUCCACACGUACGUGUCAACAGAGCUGGAUUUAUGGUGCUGAAUUUGUGAACUUUUUUGUGUUUAUAGUUGAUUAAGAUUCAGUGUGCGACAAAAAAGGAGUUUUGAAACGUGUGAAUAGUAUUUCUUUUUUUUGUGUUAUGGAGCACCGUUCUGUGGAUUUUACAUAACAACAAUCUCCUAUCAUUGAGGAUUAUACGGAGAAAAUUGCUAACGUUUGUUGAGGCCUAUCUAUGGUGAGAAGUGAGCGAGAUACACCCAAUACCGUAGAUGUAGGAGCCAGUGUACUUACCGAAUGCGGACACUGGGACCGAGUAUGGGCAAUGGUAUCCCAGGGUGGACAAAGCGUUUGCCCUGCGUAGUCAACCUCACCUUCCUGUGUUUGCUAUGUGCCGCAGUUGGAACCAGUGCCGAGUACUAUGAAUGGCAAACAGGCUCAUGGAGUGAGUGUUACAGGCUGGGAUGUGGCCCAGGAGGGGAGACAACUCGGCCAGUCUACUGUAAGCUGAUUAGCUCCAAUGGAGUCAUCACCACUACUCAUGAGUCAAACUGCGGCCACAUUCCUAAGCCACCAGAGCGGCAGGAAUGUUUCAAGGUGUGCCGCGAGCACCGCUAUGAGGUCCGAUGGGCAUGGACCCCAUGGGAACAGUGCAAAUUGGAGCCCGGGGUCAAAGUCUGCGCAAAAGGUCGAGGCAUCUCAUACCGCAAUGUGUCUUGUGUCUGGAAAGAGAAUGGAAAAGUUGAAAAGGAUUCAGUGUGUUUAUCAUUCGAGGAAAAACCUGCAACAAAAAAACGGUGUGAACUGCGUUGUCAGCAGGACUGUGUUGUGACGGAGUUCACUCCUUGGACCAGCUGUGAUCAAUGUAGAGUUUUAAAUAAAACACGGACACGGACUAUUCUGGUGCCAGAUUUUAAUGGCGGCCAAAUAUGUCCACGUUUCUCUGACUUUAAGCCUUGUCAGAACUGUUCUGAGAUGUUUUUCCUUUCGGUGGAUGCCUGGACACAUUGUGUACCAUUCUCGUCUACCAGCUCAGAUCAGAACCCCAACUAUCCUGUGAUAGGUCACCAAACACGCAAAAUUAAAUGUGUGAACACAUUCGGAGCUCUUGUCAACUGGAGAUAUUGUCGUGACCGCUUGAGUCUCCAGGAGCCCAUUGUAGAUCAUCAAGCUUGCAUCAUUCCUAAGAAUUGUAUUGUCUCUGAGUGGUCGUCAUGGGACCGCAUCAACAGCAGCUGUAUUGACAGUACGGGUAUGAAGAGGGUGGGUCUUAUCAAGCGCUCUCGUCGUGUCAUCCAACUUCCUGUAGGAACAGGAAUAGCUUGUCCAGACCUUGAAGAAGUUACACAAGUACAAGGAACAGCCCAACGCAAAUGUCCAAAAAUGAAGUGGAUUGUAUCAGGCUGGUCAGGUUGUCAGCCUGUAAAUGGGUUGAAGCAGUGUAGUACAGGAUUACAACACCGGAAGGCCAUCUGUGUGGAGGAAAAUCAUGAUGGUCAACAGAAACCAGUAGAUGACAGCAAGUGUUUAGAUGACCGACCCCUGACCUCCCAGACAUGUCGAGCAGACUGUCAUUGGGAUUGUACAGUGUCUUUAUGGUCUAUGUGGUCAGACUGUAAAGUGACCGACUGUGAACAAUAUGCUCGGAAAAGGCGUGCUAACCUCAACACAGGACAACGGUACAGAACACGUGAGACUCUGACCCUCCCUGGGUCUGGGGGCCAGCCCUGUCCUCACCUGAGUGAAACACAGAACUGUGAUCCGGAGCCCUGCUACAACUGGAAGGUGGUCACCCGACCCUGUAUCCUCCGCAACACCAAUAUGGGUGAAGCGUGUGGCGUAGGCAUCGCUCACCGCACUCUUGCCUGCCUCAACAAGUAUAAGAUCCGUGUAUCUGACAGCCUGUGUCUAGAAUUCCGCGAGCGUCCAGAAACUCAAGUCCAGUGCGAGAUACCUUGUCCUAAUGACUGCGUGGUGUCUAAUUGGGGGCCAUGGUCGGAGUGUCCAGACCGAUGUCAGACGGGCAAUCUCAGAGAACGGGCCAUCAAACGACGAAAACGCACGAUACUAGCACGUCCAUUUUCAGGAGGGGGUGAAUGCCCUAACCCACGUGAGUUAGAGGAGACAGCCGACUGUUCCACCAUCAUUGAGUGUGCCUUGUUCAUGUGGCAAGCUGACAACUGGGGUGUUUGUCAGCUGGAGGAUUUGACACGCCCUUGUGGGCGGGGCACACAAACUCGUGGAGUAAAGUGUUACGAUUCUCAGGGAAAACUGGAAUCAGAUGAAAAGUGUACGGAGAAAGUUAGACCUGUUGCCAUCAAAGUGUGCACAGUACCAUGUCCUCAGGACUGCAUUGUCACCGAAUAUUCUGACUGGUCCGAGUGUUCUGCUACCUGCUGGGAAGCUGGAGAAAACGUCCCAACAAGGACACGGAAGCGCUUCAUCCUACAGAACCCAGACAACAAUGGUUCACCUUGUCCAGAGAUGUUGGAGGAGACACAACGAUGCCUCAAUCUUCCAUUGUGUAAUCAGUUCAGCUGGGUAAAAACCAACUGGAGCUCCUGUGUUCUUCCUCCUGUUGUCAGAGCCUGUGGCAAGGGAAUCCGCACCAGGAAUGUGACCUGUAGGAGUGAGAACAGUACAAAACAAGCUAUUGAUGUGUGUCUGAGAUAUGCUGGAGCCAUGCCCCCCAUGUACAGUACAUGUUAUGUGUCAUGUGAGGAGGAUUGCCUUUUCUCUGACUGGGCAGAUUGGAGUGUUUGUGUUCAAGGAUGUAAUGGGAAACAGUUCCGAGAUCGUCAGCCAAUCAAAGGUUCGAAGUCAAUGCCAUCAAGAUGUUCGGACAUACGUCGUUACCCACUGUAUGAACACCGACCUUGUUAUUGUAAAACACUGGAGCGUAUCAUCAUCGGUGAAUGGUCCCAGUGUAUACUUGACCCGCCCAACAGACAUGAUCUAAUGAUGACCCACCUCUCGGGGCACCGAGGUAUUCGAUUGGCUAGAAAUAUCACUAAUCCUGAAACUGGAAACAGCUGUGGGCCAGGCCAUAAAUAUAAAGUGGUUGCCUGUCGUAAUGCGAUGAAUGCUAUGGAAUCAGCUGAAAAGUGUGCAACGGAUGGCAAAGACACCAAGCAGAAGGCGUGUAGGAUACCAUGUCCUGUGGACUGUAAGAUGUCUGAAUGGAGCAAAUGGAGUGAUUGUCCCACUAAGUGUGGUGCUGGCGUCAUACAACGCUUCCGUAACAAUAUGAAGCUUCCAUCGCCUGGAGGACGUCGAUGUCCUUCCUUAGACAGCACGUCAGAUGAGGAAAUCCAGACUCGUCUGUGCCAUCCUGAGUGUGUCCAGUACACAUGGAAAGCCUCUGACUGGGAUAUGUGUAUGCCUCCAGUUGGAGAGAGGUGUGGAGACGGACAGCAAAACAGACAUGUCAGCUGUAAUGCUGUUAAUAUCAACGGAGUGAUGACGGAGCGUGUUGACGAUAUAAAUUGUGCUGGCCUUCCAGAACCUCGCAGUACUCGUUCUUGUUACCUCCCCUGUCCUGGAGAUUGCGUACUAAGUGAAUGGGAAGAAUGGUCAACAUGCCAACAGCCAUGCAACCACAACCAGAUGCAGCAGCGAGAAAGAACUAUAAUGCGUGAAUCGGCAUCUUACUCCGAGUACCAGAGCACAUGUCCGCCGCUGAGAGAGUCCCGACCCUGUAUCAAGGAUGAAAACUGUAUUGAGUACUCAUGGGAGUUGUCCCAGUGGACAACUUGUCUGGUUAACAAUGGUUUAGAUGACUGUGGGGUCGGACAUAAGGAACGCUACGCCAUCUGUAAAGACCACAUGAGGCGUGUUGUGGAUAACAAGCUGUGUAAAAGUGUGCAUGGCCAGGUAACAGAGCCGUUAGUUGUGUCAUGUGAGAUACCAUGUGAUGUGGACUGUCUGUUAUCUGAUUGGUCACCAUGGAGUGCAUGCAGCAAAAGUUGCGGACUUGGUACCAAAAAGAGAAACCGUUCAAUCGUACAACAGUAUAUCGGUAAUGGCCGUCCUUGUCCACCCAUCCUCUCUCAGGCAAUGCACUGCUUCUCCCGCGGAUGCUACAAGUGGCAGAUCUCUCCAUGGUCUCAGUGUGCAACACAAUUGGGAGUAUGUGGUCAUGGAGUACAGAAGAGGAACAUCACAUGUCGCAGUGACAAGGGACUGAUGGUCGACUCAUCUCGCUGUCCUCGUGAUCUCACCACCAUGGUCUCACCGGUAGAGCAGCCCUGUCAUGUUCCAUGCCCAGGAGAAUGUGUUGUCACUGAGUGGUCCAACUGGAGUCAAUGUUACAUCCCUUGUCACGACUUUGAAAUGGGGUACACAGAGGGAGUUCGCAGCAGAUCUCGUGCAAUACUGGCCCACCCUGGUCCAAAGAAGGAGAAAUGCCCAGACCAGUUUUGGAUGAGUGAAUCCUGUUACGCUGACACUUGUUCUGUGUUCCGUUGGAUGAGCACGCCUUGGGAGGGAGAGUAUCGUGAUGUUUGGUGUGAACGCUCAGAUGGACUACGAGUCUAUGGUGGCUGUGAUCAGAAUUUGCGUCCUCCCAACCUGUUGCGCUGUUCCCCAACAUGUAAUCAGGAUAAUGCUUACUGUAAUGACACGAACUACUGUGCUUGUGAAGAAGGGUAUAUUGCCUACUACAAGGGUGACACCUUGUUUGGAUGUUUCAUGGACAACCAGACGGUGGUAGGAGGUCAGUCCUCCCCAGAUAGAGGAGAAGGACAUCUAAAUUUCUGGACAUAUGCUGUUAUUGCUGUGGGAACCAUAUUUGUGAUAUUUGUCACAGUUGCACUUUACAACAUGAGUGAUUUCUUGCACUACGGUCCCCGCCCCAGGAAUCAAGGUAGUCUAGAUGAGCUAGACAGUGCCAGUAAUACCGGCUCAGCUACCCGAAAUAAUCCAGAUGGGCUGACAACUCCCGAUAACUGCAGUGUCUGUAAAUCAAUACCUACUCCAGUAGAUACACUGCCGAACGAUCGAAUGAUGGAGACAAAGUGCAACAUGAGUUCAGAGUGUGCGGAAGGACAGGGCUAACAUGAAGAGAAUGAUGAUGAAACGGUGUAGCUCUAUGGAAUCCAUGGGUGUCGUCAUUGGUAACAAUGGUAACCAAGACAACGCUACUGAAACCUCCAGCUGCCACAAGACCACAGCGGUCGUAACCACUGUUUACGUGCCAGCGGAAAAGUGUGCUGAACUUUGACCUCAUACUCUUUGUUGGUCAUUGGUUUCUCAAGAAACCAUGGAUGUGUUCUUAACACACAAAACAAGUGGCAGUAGCUCUGAGAACGGUUAUUGCCGAAAGGCGAUUACAGUGUGUGUUUCUUUGUAAUCUAAGACAGUGCAGACAAUUUUAACGCACAGCCAUAUCAGCAAUGUCAGGCGUUAUAUGACCUUAUGGCAUAAUGUGACGGCAUCAAGUCUCAAAUCCCAACAAAAGUACUCCAAGGAAAUCAAGAUUGUCAAAUGGAAUACCGGAUAUAGUUCCAGUCACUUCGCUGAUUCUAUGGAGUUUAAUCAUAUGUAUGCCUGCAUUCUGCAUAAAAUUACCAAUCAAAGAUUGAAUGUCACAAAUAUCAUAAAUCGUGUGUUUAUUGAAAUUAAUAACAUUUUGUAUUAAUAGUGUAAUUGAAAAAAUCUGAAUAAUCAUAUUUCAACUUCAGACUGUUCAACCCGCCGUAAUAUUACAACAUCCAGUGUAUAAGAAAGAUUAUAGAUUAAUUUUAUUAACAUCCUGGGCCUCUCUCUUACUUAACCGCAAAUAAAUCAAUAUUUGUCACGUGCCCCAGACGUAUAUCACGUGAUAUGUCUUUAUGAGUGAAAUACCAUUGAUUGCACUUGUUAUUUUUGUUUCAGUUUGUUGAUCACACUUGUUUUUUCGUAACACUACUUUGGAAACAUUUUGGAAAUCGUCAGUGUGAUGUAGUAUAGGACAUUGCAAAGAAGAUAUUAAACUUAACUUUCUGCUCAAACAAUGAUAAUUGAUGGACGAUUGUUAGUAUGCAUUUGUGUUAUGUUGGUUGUAUCUCAUGUGAUGCAUUAUUUAAAAUAUUAUGGUUUAAUGGAAAUUAUUUUUACUGUUCGUCCAUAAUUGCAAUUUGUUUAAUUUUGAAGGUUGUAUUUGUUCAAUAUAUUUAUGGAUAAUUAUCACUAAAUAAACUUAAUAUCCCUUCUAUAUCACGUGCUAAUCCUAACCUGACAACAUUAAGGUUAAUUAAGGUUAAUUACUACAUAUUAACAGAACUGUACAUACAAGACCCUACCAACAGGUCACAAUAACGGCAACACACGUUCAUGCAAACGAACAAUACGUGCUUAAAUAUGAUGAUGUUCAAAAUUCAAAUGAAAGUUGAAGCAGUCUUUUUUUACCUGCAUAUUCUAUAAUUGCUAAUGAUACAUGUUAUAUAUUCUUUUUAUUAUUAUUUGUUUAUAAUAUUUAACAAUUUUAAUGAAGUGUCCUUUUAUCUACAUGCUGAAUAUAAAGAGUACUUUCUUUAAUGGACUUAUUAAACAUUAUUGCUAUAAACAUCUAAGUGUUUCACGAGGUCCGUACAUAAUUAUACCAAUAUUAACCAAUUAUUGUUAGGAAAGAUAAGUAUAUAUAUAUCCAUUUUGUUAAACUUGAUAGAUUUUACCUCUAUCAUUAUUGUAAAUAAAAAGUUUUGUUGAGUUUGUUUUAAUUUAACAAUUUUUACAUUAAAUGUGUGUCCCAGUGUAAGAUUGAAUUACCUCAGAUAAUUGUUUUACAAGGUAUGAAACGGUAAAUUCUGGAUCAACUGAACUUGGUUGAUAGAAACACAUUCAAGUCAUGUAUAUCGAGUUCUACUUUUCAUAGUUAUUUCAAAAAGCAAAGCUUGCCGUCUAAACAUGGGGUCAUUUGGAAAAUAUGGCGACUGGUGAAUCAUUCCCGUAUGUUACAAUAACAGAUACAAAUUUGAAAUGUAUUUAACACACGUGUCUAUCAGAUUAGAUGCAAAACGCCAAGGUCAGUUGUCCAGUCAUUUACCGUUGCUAAGUUGUAUAUAUUUACUCUGAUGUAUUGUGAUAUAUUUCCAAGUCCCCAUUUCCAUUUGUGACUAAUUAGUAUUAUUAAUGACCGCUUAUAUGUAUGUUGUCUGAUCUUAAUGUCCGCUCCUGUCUGUUCAUGGUAUACAAAGCCUCCCAUGAUUUGCUAUCUAAAAAUACUGCAUAUUUUAAUGUAUUGUUUCUUAAGAUGGUAGCCAGUAAUGUUUAAUGUUGAUAUGUACACAUAAAUACCCACAAACCUCGCGAAUUCAAUACUAUAAGCCAUUAGAGAAAUUCUGAUAAAUGUCACUAAUGUAAGAUUUCAUACCUAGUUAAAGAAAAGGGUUAAAGUGAGGGAAUUUCCUUUUAGUUUCUUGAUGGUCGUAAAGGUUAAAGUGAGGGAAUUCUCCUUUAGUUUCUUGGUGGUCGUAAAGGUUAAGGCGAGGGAAUUCCCUUUUAGUUUCUUGAUGGUCGUAAAGGUUAAGGCGAGGGAAUUCCCCUUUAGUUACUGGACGGUUGUAAAGAUUAAGGCAAGGGAAUUCCCCUUUAGUUACUGGACGGUCGUAAAGGUUAAACUGGUGGAUUUCGUUUAGUUUCUGAAUGGUCGUAAAACGCCUGUCAGCGAAAAAAACUAUCAUCGUCUAAACCUACAUAUGACUAAACCUACAUAUGACAGAGUUCUGCCAACUAACAUCAGUUCUCUCUGUCUUUUUAAACCUUACCUCACAAUCCGUACGUCAUUAUCGAGAUAUCCGAUUAUCUCGAUUGUAUAAGCAAUACUAAGAAAGUAAUUCCAUAGAAACGAGAUAAAAAGAACACUUGAUAGUCAGGGGGAUGGAUUCAGUACCCAGCAUUCUUUUUAGCGAGCUGUCGUGUAAUGCAUUACUGUUGUACGGUCUCUAAAAGGACUCUUGUAUCCUAGAAUAUAUAUACAUACUUGCAAUAUGGUGUUAAAUUCAUGUUUACUAACAUUUUAACCUAAAACAUCGCUCAUCAUUCGAUUUUAUCGACAACUUCUGUUUUACACAGCUAUGAAGUGUCGCGUAUUGUCCUUGGUUUUUUAUUCUCAUGUCUCAAAGGUUUGCUGGAAAUAACAAUGGCUAGGAUAUGCUAGCUUCAAAUUGACAUUUUUAAUUUUGUUUAGUCAUGUCAUGCAUUUUGGUAUCAUUUAACAUUUAAAACAUAAAAUACAAGACAAAGCAUUACUUCAGUGUAAAAGAAUUGCAGAUAUUUAUGUAAUACCCUAUUUAUCUAACUCUUCACAAUUCAUCUUUAAUAACUAGGUCAACUGAGUGGUGACAUUAUUCUUACUUAAAAUAGGCCAUGUUUGGAUAACUAUGUCAACUAUUUUUGUCUAUAUAGGUCACGUUCGGGUGGCUAUUAGACUUGUGACUUGUCUGUUACAUAGGUAUUGGUCCUCGCAGCUGUAUUGGCUGAUAUAAGUCACGUGUUUUAUUGUCAUUAACAGAUAUAUGUACAUAAAUAUAGGAGUUGUCCAAUUUUAUUUUAUUUACAUCUAUGUACAAAAUAAAUCAUAUUCAUUUCACCUUGUAUUGCUUAGAAGGUCGUGGAGUUCAUUCCCAUUUAUUUAUUCCAUCGGUUAUUGUUUCCUCUCAAUCCGCAUUCGUGAAUAAACUUUAUCAUUACUUAAACAUUUGAAAUGGAUUAUUUUCUUUAUACUUUAUAUAGAGUGUCAUUGUUUCUGUCAUAUUUUCUCUUACGUCUAAUGAUUAUCUAUAAUACUGUUAAUAAAACAGAAUAUAUAUAAUACAUUAACCGCAUUUUCUUCUGCAAUAACAAUUUGAUUUCUCCAGUGGAAUUACCUACCCUAUUUGAUAAUCACGUGCUCUAUCCAAAUGACAUCGUUACCUAGGUUACCAUACGUUCUUUGUCUUUCUGUAUCACUAUACACUUGUCUAAUACUAUUUUUUCUGUUUAGAAGUAAAACUCCAGUUUAAAAUUAUCUAACAAUGAUAGAACAGAUACAGCAGACAUCUUUGUUAAUAUAGCAUAUUAGGUAGUGCACCAAGCACUGUUGAAUAAUUAAUAAUAUAUACAUAUAUUAUAUUGAAGUGUGAAAUAGUAUCUAGAUGUAAAUAUAUUAUAUCGUUUUGGGGUUUCAUUGACGCCAUGUAAAGCAUGGCAGCUUUGUUUUAGUUUCUUUAUAAUCUCUACAACCAAAUCAGUUUGCAGUUAUCAACAAAUCACUUCCUUACAUCAUUCGUACACACCAGAUCGCCACCUGCUGGUGAUGAACCAAAUGUACAGCGUCCCCUAGUGGCGGCUAUUCGGUUUACUCUUCCAAAACAUCAUUAUUGCAAAGCAAAGGAGAGAAUAAAAUUUUGAAAAAAUGA